AUGAAUAAUAAAAUUAUGCAAAUUAAGAUAUUGUUAUCUAGUUUCGCAAUUUACAUUUCUAUACAUUUCUUGAUUAACAAUGCGAAUGCUUCAUUUGCUGAUCAUUUGUUUGAUAACUCGAGUUGUAACGGUCGAUACUGGGGCGGUUUUGCAAAUAACAACUGUUCGUGUAAUUUUCUUUACUCCUUGGCCCUUGGAGCAAAUCAGACAGGGGAAAUUUUCUUGAAUUUGGUCCAGGCGGAUUUUUCGGUUUGCGGAGGCUGCUCAGAUUUCUCAACUCUGGAUGUUAAUAAUAAAUUUGGAAAUAGAAUUGAAUUGUUAAGACGUAAAUGCGGGUCGUGCGACUCGUGCUUACGAAGCUGGGAAGAAAUCAAGGAAGCAGAGUCUGAGAUUUGUCGCUUUGCUGUUUUAGUUACGUUAGUUAGUAAAGAUAUUGAAAAUGAAAAACGGGCUUCGAUAAUUUUCGAUUGCCUCGGCAAUCAGCAUAUUUUAGAUUCUGAACUUGCCAAGAAUACUGCGAGGAAGAAAAUACGACCAGGCUUGUGUGUACUAAUUGGAGGCAUCGUUGGAUUUUUUGCGGUAUUAAUAUUUUCGAUAUUGAUUUUGUCGCGCAGAAGAAGAGAGACGCCGGUAGCACCGGUCGAUAAAGAUGAUUGGAAACCUGCGUUAUCCGUACUAUCGAAGGAUUCCGCAUUAAUGAAAAUACCGAUUGAAGAGAUUCUUUCUGCCACAAAUAAUCUACUCGAAUCGAACUUCAUUGGUGAAGGGACAUCAGGAAAGGUGUACAAAGGAGUGUUGUCUAAUAAUCAGUGUGUUGCGAUCAAGAAAGUAACAAACGAUGCAAAUGCCGAUACGUUUAUGAGAGAAAUCGGAAGCCUGGUUCAUGUGAGACACUCAAAUCUAGUGACUUUAAUGGGGUACUGUGAAAAUGAAAGCGAAUGUUUCUUGAUUUAUGAACUUUGUCCGAACGGGAACUUGUCCGAGUGGCUUUACGGAAAAGAUGAUAAAAUUCUGUCAUGGAUUCGAAGACUCGAGAUUGCUAUUGGCAGUGCAAAGGGACUAAGGUUUCUCCACACAUUUCCUCGAGGAUGCAUCGUUCAUCGGGAUAUCAAGCCGACAAACAUACUCAUCGGAACAAAUUUCGAGGCCAAGCUUUCCGAUUUCGGAUUAUCCAAGUUAAUGAAUCUUGGAGAAACAAGUGUCAGUUCCGAAGUACGAGGUACAUUCGGUUACAUUGACCCUGAGUACCACCGAAGCAGUCCCCACGCAAGUGCAAAAAGUGAUAUCUACAGCUACGGAAUCGUACUUCUUCAGAUUCUCUCGGGGAGGAAAGUUAUCGAUAUGAACAUGAAGAAACCCAAGACCUUGGACAAAAUCGCGAAAUCUGUUACGAAGAAUCGAAAAAUUGUAGAAUUUGCUGAUCCGAAUCUUCACGGAGAGUAUUCAAUGGAAGCCUUUCGUCUAGUAUUCGAGCUAGCUAUAUCGUGCACGGGAGAUAAACUAAAGAGACCGUCGAUUAAUGAAGUUGUAACGAAAUUAGAAGAUGCUCUCGGAAUAUCGAAAAGGAUUGAACCUUCUACACCAGAUUGGUCCAAAGUUCCCUAG